CAUGGCGGAAAAUUUAGCAUUUUGUAAAAUGCUAAACAGAAAAACAACUGCGUAGCUUUUCCUAAGUUUCGGAUAUGUUCAUUAGAAGACAGACCAGCUAUGUGAAUUUUACCGAAGACAACUGUCCGAUUUCAUGGGAUUGUAUGGAACUGAUCUUUCCCGAGGGCAACACCUAAAAUAACUGUUACUUGUGUUCACAUUUAUUUUUUGUCUUCGGACAACUCGCUCAAUAACAUAAGCUGGCUCAACAAAAUUCUUUUACUUGUCAUGCCUGUGAGUGCAUCAAGUUGUGCUGUAGAGAAUAACAACAUGAUUAUUUUGGCUCUCCCGCUGGAAAUCGUGUCGUAUAUUUUCAGAUUUCUGCCAGCUUCGGAUUUAAAAUGUGCAGCUCUUGUUUGUUGUCAGUGGUCUAAAGCUUCGCAGGAUCCCAUCUUGUGGAGAAACGUUUCUGUCAGUCUUGGAACACGACGAGAAAGGUUUUCCCAUCUGUUAGUGGACAGCCUUCAGAGACGCUGUCUCCAGCAUCUGAGAUUCAAGCAUAUGACAACUGCUGCUCAAAUUCUUCAAGUUUGUAAGCAAGUUGGAUCAAAUCUUAGAGAGUUGUCUCUGCAAGGCUGCAGAUGCGUCAAUGAUAACUUACUCGAGAUACUAAAUAAAUACUGUCCUAACCUUGUACGUGUAGACUUGAGCCGAUGUAGGCAGCUCGACGUGGGAAAGAAUGUGAUUUGGUUGGACAAGUGUGCAAAUGUUUGGAGACAUUUGACUGUCUUGGAUUUGAACGCUUGUAAAGACGUAUCCGAUGUGUUUGUUUCAAAAGUAGCUGAUUUGUUGCCCAAUGUCGUGGAUUUUAGUAUUUCUGGCUGCAAGGGCAUUGGAAUUUCAACAUGGCAUAAGAUGGCAAAGAAGUUGUCAUCUCUGAAACACCUUGACAUCAGUCGAUCUGAUAUUACGGAUGAAGUGAUGCUUAAAUUUUCUCAGAUACCUGAACUAAAACUUAUAGGGAUAAAUCUAACAGCUUGCAAACAUUUGACUGAUAAUGGCAUAGUAUCACUGGUGAAAUACCAAACAUCACUUGAGGUCCUAAAACUUGCUUGUGUGGAUAUUACAAAUACCACAUUAAUCUGCAUUGGCAAAUACUUGCACUGUCUAAAGGUGCUGGACUUAAAUAGUUGCAGACAACUCACAGAUGGGGCAUUAUUGACAGUCAAUGCACUUUUAAUCAACUUACACUCACUGAACUUCUAUUCAUGCUACCAGCUGUCUAACAGUGGCCUGGGAAAGUUCUUAUGCUGGACACAGGGUACAAAUCACAAUGUCCCUUUAAAACUCCUUGUAUUAAAUGGUUGCAGCACUCUGUCUGAUGAGUUAGUGUUGCGAUUUUCUACAGUCCUGAUCAAUCUUCAAGAACUUGAUCUGAGCUCAUGUCUUCGUGUAACUGACAUUGGAUUGUCUGCCAUCACUAGCUCACUUAUUAAACUGCAAUCACUUCGGCUCAGUUGGUGUAUAAACAUCACUGAUAAUGGUUUGAUUGGCUUUGUUCCCUCUGAGCAAAACCUUGCUGAUGUCUGCCAUAACAAGGAUAAAUGUUCCCAUGCAGAAAAAUUUAAAAAGGAUUACAGACAGUGGACUAGCUGAUGUUGCUGAAAAUCUCCACACUCUAGAACAGCUGACAUUCAGUGGAUGUACAUCAGUAACUGACAUGGGUGUUUCCUUGGUUGCAAUUCACCUGCAGAGGCUGGUAGCUCUAGAUGCAUCUAAAUGUGACAACAUCACUGAUAAGAGCGUCAUGGACUUAGCAAUACAUGGCCGUAAUUUAACCCACCUAGAUCUGAGCAUGUGCAGUCAGAUUACAACAAAGGCUGUUGAUCAGUUGGAAGAGCAUAUUCCAGGUCUUGUCUCACUACAGUUGAGAUAUUCUGGGGCAAGACUUUGCACUAAGGUGUACGCCCUAUAGAGAUUCCAGAGUAUGUAUUUUGCCAUGAUGAUAGGUGUACAUAGUAGAGUAAGGGUGACAAACUGUACAACAGUGCUUGCCAGUUCUCCAGUAGGUUGAACAAUAUAUUGCUUGCAACUGCUAGUGAUUUGUAAAUACAGAAUGGAUUUUAUGGUUUGGAUCAAUAGAAACUAUUUUCAAGCUUUAUAACCCCCCCUUUUCAAAUUGAGGCUAAUUGCCAGUCUUUGUAAUAAAAAUGAGCUGUAUUUGCCUGCCAAUAAAAAAAUGACUUCCAUCAAAAAAAAUCUGCACUUGAUCACCCUUUUUACCAGGAGAUUAUGAAUCUUUAAAAUGGCCCAUUAUUUUAAAGUUGCAUGUUAAAUCUGUAGCUUUCUGGUGGUACUCAUACAUAGAAUGCAAUAAGAAACAGAGUCAAUUUUCCAGACCUUUAUUUAGCUUUUCUUGAAUUAGUAUCAGUCAUUUAAUCUUUUUAGCCCUGAAUCUCUUAAAAGGUGUUUGCUGUGUUAUGAAUAUUGUUCAGAUAUUUGGUUAACACAUAUACUGUCACACGUAUUUAAUCAUCUUUAAUAAUAAAAAAAAAUUCCCAGUCA